CCCAGUGAUAUAAACAACAGUUCAGAGACAACACCCUGCACCCAGAGAGACACUGACAGAGAGUAACUCAGACCCAGGAUCGAGGACCCGUGAAAGAAAAAUGACCAACAUUGGGAAAGUGAUCUGGUUGUUUUCAGCUUUCUGUCACUUCAGCCGUUGCUCCAUUACCUCUCAGGACUGUACCUGGGCAUCUGAGUUGACCUUUCAGGAUGUAAAAGACGCCAUUGAUAAAUUGAAACAGCUGGACAUCUUGAACGAUAGAAUUGCAAAUUUGGACGAGCAGGUCACUACUCUGCAGAAACAUGUGCCAAGCAUCAUUUUCCACGCCAAGGUGUCCGAUGGCUUGAACCCAGCUGGACAAGGACGCAUAGUCUACGACACGAUUAUUGUGAACAAAGGUUCUGCCUAUAACCAUUUAACUGGGAUCUUCACUGCUCCUGUGGCUGGGAUCUACUACUUCACCUACUCACUGCUCGGGAUGACAGACUCAGGCAACACCGAGGUGCGCCUGAUGAAAAAUAAUGAUGACCUGAGUUACAUCCAUAGUAUCCUGACACCAAAUCAAGCCCAGACAGCAUCCACGCCAGCAAUACUGACCCUCAACAGGCACGACCAAAUCUGGGUCAAUCUCAUUCAGGGACGAACAUGGAGUGGACGAGGAGCCUUGAAUUUCCAGGGCGUUCUCCUGGAGGCCCAGUAGGAAUAAGUUUACGGGGAUUUGGCCAAAAUCAAUAACGCAUUCCCAACAUACCACUCCCCCUCACUCCCUACACCCUUCAAUAUCUCACCCGGUCCAAUCCCACUCUACCCCCUCAUCCCCCACACAUUUCAAUAUUCCACCCGGUCCAAUCCCACUCUUUCCCCCUCACUUCCCGCACUUUUCAAUCUCCCAUCCGGUCCAAUCCUACUCUUUCCCCCUCACUUCCCGCACUUUUCAAUCUCUCACCCGGUCCAAUCCCACUCUUUCCCCCUCACUUCCCACACUUUUCAAUAGUGGGUUUCCUCCAGGUGGUCCAGUUUCCUCCCACUGUCCAAAGAUGUGCAAGCGAGGUGGAUUGGCCAUGCUAAAUUGCCCAUAGUGUUCAGGGAUGUGUAGAAUAGGUGGACGAGAGGGGGAUGGGUCUGGUGAGAUGCUGUGAGAGUCAGUGUGGACUUGUUGGGCCAAAGGGCCUGUUUCCACACUGUAGGGAGUCUAACUCAUAUCUAAGUCAUAUCCCACCUGGUCCAAUCCCAGAGUCUCCCUCACUCCCCGCACGUGACCACUUUGGGUCCAUAUUUACAUUGUAAUCAUUGUAAUAACUAACAAGGCCAAGGAAGUCACUUUGACGUUAACAUAUGCCCAAUGCAGCCAUUUUGCAUGUGGCACAUAUAUUAAUCCAGUCACUGCAUGCAGAUAGUAAUCAGACAGAACAGCUUUUUGUGUUUAGUUGGGUUACAGUUAAUGAAUGAAUAAUCAUUAUUAGUAAGCCUGGAUUUUCGUUUGGAACUGUUUAAAUAAAGCUUGUGAAAUUGUU